AUGGAGGCAGGCGGCCUGGUCCUCUUUCUGCUGGGCCUCCUGCUGCUUCCUCUCUUGGCCGUGCUGCUGAUGGCAUUGUGCGUGCGCUGCCGAGAGCUGCCAGGCUCAUACGACACUGCUGCCCCCGAUGGUUUGACCCCAAGUAGCAUCGUGGUCAAACCGCCUCCCACACUCGCCUCCUGGCCACCAGCCACUUCCUACCUGCUCCAGAGCCAGCCAGACCUGCUCCCCAUCCCGAGAUCCCCACAGCCCCCUGGAGGCUCCCACUGCAUGCCGUCUUCCCAGCAGGACUCAGAUGGUGCCAACAGUGUGGCCAGCUACGAGAAUGAGGGUGCAUCAGAGACCCCGGCGGCCCUGGUUGGGAGGAGGCUGGGGCCUGUCCUGGGCUCUGCUGACCCUGUGUCGUUACCCACCCCAGAGGCAGUCUGUGAGGACGCAGACGAAGAUGAGGAUGAGGAAGACUAUCCCGAGCGCUACUUGGUCGUGCUUCCUGACAGCGUCCCGGCCACUGGCGCCACCGUCCCACCAGCUCCUGUGUCCAGCAACCCUGGCCUCCGAGAUAGCGCCUUCUCCAUGGAGUCGGAGGAUAGUUACGUGAAUGUCCUUGAGAGUGAGGAGAGCGCGGAUGCGUCUCUGGAUGGGAGCCGAGAGUACGUGAACGUGUCCCAGGAGCUGACGCCCGUGGCAAGGACCAAGCCUGCCGGCCAGAGUUCCCAGGAGGUGGAGGAUGAGGAAGCUCCAGAUUACGAGAAUUUCCAGAUCCAAUGAAGGCCCGUGAGAGGCCUGCCCGGCCUGGCCCUGCCCGGGACCUGCAGGCCCUCCCCGCCCUCCCCGCCCUCUCCUCGCUGAGUCUGGGGCCCCUGUGGCCGCCACCGACCUCCUGACCUUGUACCCCUCCCUCUG